AUGGGUCUCGAGGGUCUCAACGUGUCGCGCGCAACGGCCGCCGAGCGCGUCGUGCUCACCAGCAAAGCCGUCGUCGCGCCCGCCUCGUCGCUCUCGGCCGCCCUGAUCGAGUCCGAAGCGGCCGCGCUGCGCCGACGCACGUCCAUCCCCAGCACCUUCUCGUUCGGGGGCGUGGACCACGCCAUCCCCGCCGCCGACGUCGGCCAGCGCCGGUGGCGCAGCUUCGACGCUGCCGUCGCCGACAACGCCGCGGCCUCGUCGGCGCUCGAGCUGCUCUCGCGCCGCAUCCAGCAAGAGAGCCAGCACGUGCUCAAGCGCAAGGCGCGGCUGUCCAAGCGCCGCGAGCUCCUGCGCAGCGUGAGCUGCUGGCUCAGCUCGAGUCGACGCGACCAGGUCGCGCUGCUGCAGAUGCAGCUCGUGGCCGAAGUCGCGACGGGCAACCGGUUGCUGGCCGUGCUCAGCGACAUGCGCACGAUGUUGGCGCUGGACGAGGCCGACGAAGCAGCGCUCAGCGCGUCGCAGCGGUACCGUGGGAGCUUUGCCGCGAGUCAGUCGCUCUUGGACGGCAUUGAGCAGUCGGACCGCGUGCUGACGGACGACUGGCUGCGGCAGGUGCUGCAGAUGCAGGCCAAGUACCUGGGCAAGCUCAUGGAGCUGCACCGGCAGAAGAACCUCGAGCCCGCGGGCCUCACGCUCGAGCAGCUGCUGACCACGCAGGUGGACAGCAUGACGUCGGCCCGCGACGAGCCGACGCCGGCGCUCGUGCGCUUUGAGAAGCUCCUGAGUCGCCAGAAGCUGCUCAAGCCCGAGCUCAAGAAGGCACUGGACAAGCUGUGCUUGACGACCAUGCGGUCGUUCACGCGCGGGAGCAGCCAGUCGGGUCCCGAGACGAUCUUUGACGACCGCGAGGCGCGUGACGUGAUGCAUUCGCUCGUGCAGGAGAUUGUGAGCGCGGUGGCCGUGGAAGCAAAGCUGGUCAAGACGCUACUGCCCGCUCUGCGCGUGUUUGUCGAACACAUGGUCUUUAGCCGUCUCGCGUGCGCGUGUUACCGCGGCACAGCUGCCGACUUGGACGAGCUCAAUAGCUCGUGGCGCGAACAGACGGCCAAGAUGCGCAAGCCGAGUCUGAAGGAGGUCGGUCUGCCGGUCGAGAUCCUGGUGGAAGAAGCGCAGGAAGAGGAGAUCUUUAGCAAGUCCAUUGCUACGUUCAACCAGAUCCCGCACCUCGUGCCUUCGAGCGUGCUGGUGUCGUUCAUGCGCGCCGUGUGCACGCUGUACCACGAAGCGAAGGAAGGUCUUGGCCUGGACAGCGGGUGCAUCUCGGCAGAUGUGCUGCUGCCGCUGCUCGUGUACGUGCUGAGCCGCUGCGAGCUGCCGCACUUGCACUCGCAAGUGUAUUUGAUGGAGCAGUACGCCAUUGACGAGACCCAGGACGGAUCAGAGGCGGCCUACUACUUGGCCUGUUUACAAGCUGCAAUGGGCUACAUCGUAGGAAAUGGAGUUACUGACGACGUUGAGUCGCAGUGA